AUAUUUUUGUUUUUUCCCAUCAUCCUGGUUCUGUUUCGUUCUCAAUUCGUUUUAGUUAACCAUCGUAAGCCUUAGCUUAACACAGUAGACAUAAGUCACAGACGCAGUAAAAGACGCCAGAGAUGAUUCCGAGAACUAAAGUGUUUGUAGGCAGCUUGCCACCAUCGACGAAACCGGAGGAGAUACGCCGGCUGUUCGAAAACUAUGGCGUGGUGACGGAGUGCGACGUGAUGAAUCGGUGCGCGUUCGUGCACAUGCAAAAUCAGGAUAUGGCGGAAAACGCGAUCCAGGCACUGCACAAUACCACCUUUAAGGGUGUAACGAUUGUGGUCGAGCGAGGCCGAGUCCGCGAGCGGCCACCGGGUGGUGUCGGGGGCGGCGGUAUGGACAGCGCACGCGGUCGCGCCGGCGCCGGUCCGAUGAGGGGUUCACGCGGAGGAAUGCGUAGUCAGCCGUAUGGUGUUGGUAGCUAUGGUGCUACUCGCGCGCCCGGAGGUUAUGGAGCUCGUACGAGCUAUGGCAGCGGAAGCCGAUACGAUGGAGGCUACAGCUAUAGGAAUGACGUUGGGUACAGUUCCUCUGGCAAUGCAUAUGGAUACGGAUACAGCACCAACGGAGGUGGUUACGGUAACACUCGUCACGCAAGCAGCGAGGAUCGCCGCGGCUUCACAUUGCCCUCCUAUCCCACCGAUCCAAGCAGAGGAACGUAUGGAGCCAGUUACGAUGGUUAUUCCAGCUAUGAUGGUUACAGCAGCUACGGAUACGAUACAACACAAGGAUCAUCCAGCUACCAACGGUGGCCAUCUGCCACACCCACAGGAGCAGAUAGCUUCUCAUACCCUAACAGUUACACGCAAGGAGCAGUGGAUGGUGGGGCCGUUGGGCAAAGUACAGACUAUAGUCAAUCUUAUCCUUCCAUGAGCGGCAGCUCAUCGGGAUAUCGCACGUCCACCGCUGCUGCGUCACCACAAUCCUACCGUAGCUCCGUGUCUGGAUACGGAUCAUCCUCGACCGGUAGAAGAUUCUAACGAGCUGCGAACGGAGUGUAUCAAAGUGUGAGAUUGGACGUUGAUUUGCAGCACUGAAGAACGCGCUCAACAAACUCAUGAUUGCCGUUAGGCUCUUUACCAGGUUCACUGAUUGAAUGUCAUACCGGCGUCACCAUCAUGGCCAUUUCGAUCGUGUUUAUCAAUCAAUGAUCACCUAAUUAAUCAUAUUCAACAGCGUCAUCCGUGGAUCUAUUUUUAAAUAAGCAAAAUGUUUUCUUGGAAAUAGUACUGUAGAGUUUGCUGCAACACCUAAACAACAUUUCCGGGUUUUAGAGAUUGUUAAUUGAAAUCCACAGCAACUUAACAGAAAUUUAGUUUACUUAAAACAUUACUUUUACGGAUAAGAUUGCGAUCAUGCAAACUUAUUAUCUUUUUUGGAGUGAGAACCUUUUUUUCUGUUGCCGAUUGUUGUUUGAUUUUAUUCUCGUAGUCUGGUUAUAAUUCGAAAAAUUGCCUCUACACAUUCAAAUUUGAACGUACAAGAUUCUGCAGCGAAAUAAGAGCUGUCAGAAUUCUGAAUCGUGUGUAUCACGAGGGAAAGGAAAUCAAUUGAACCUAAUGUCUAAUGUAAUAUCGAAAUGUUUUCUUUCAAAAGAUAAACUAGGAUUACGCCACACACAUGAAUAGGAGAACAAUCUCCAAGGAGAAGGUUGGCAAACAUACUGCAGCCCAUAGAAAUGAGCCCUCGUAGCGUGUUUCUGGAUAGAGACACAGAGAAAUAGAGAAAAGAGAGAAAGCAAAAUUCGUAUCUGAUUAUUUCCGACUAAUUCCUCAUGGCCAAACUAAGAGCCGUUAGCAAAAAUACAACGGUGGAGCACGUCACACAACAGUAGCAUAAUAUAGGCUGAGAUUGCUCGGAAGAAUGUUUGAUAUGUUCAGUCAAAUAUCAGAACGCAGGUCAUGCAUUUCGUUUCUUGAAACUAAUUUCACUUGAAGCAAACCCUCUGGAAAAUAUUCUCUAUUGUAUUUAUAAAUAUAUAUAUAACGUCAACAAACAUCUAUAUUUACGAAAAACAGCGCAACAGAACGGAAAUCGACCGGGAAUAUCCCGAUAUCGCAUCCCUCACGCGGUGGUGACGCCCGAUCUGUAACAUACACUCAUAUGUACACAUACACGCACACGCCCAGACACAAUCACAAGACACACGAACAUUUCCAUGCACUAGAACAGAACUUUUUUUUCGAUAUAGUAUAAUAAAA